AUGAGUCAAUGGAUACCAACGCAUGUACAGUUUACAGUUUUACGAGCAAGAAACCUAAUAGCCAAGGGAAAAGGGGGAAAUAACGAUGUGUUUGUGACUAUCCAGCUGGCGAAAGAGAAGUAUCAAACCUCUACCAUCAAGAAUGCUCUUAACCCAGAGUGGUUCGAGGAGUGUGACUUGCCUAUCACUCACAUGGGACUGGAAAUUGAAGUGUCCGUCUACCACCGCGGAGUGUUGUCCGAUGAUUUCCUUGGCUACGCCGCCAUUCCGCUGUGGGAGUACAAGAUCACGGAGACAGCAGCCAGCAGGUGGGUAUCACUCCGCAACAAGCCAUCCAAACCAGGGCCAGACAAAUAUCGAGGCGAGUUGGAAGUCAAGCUAACCUUCCGCAGCCAACAUCGCCAUGACAGCAUGUCACAGGCUCUCAAGAAACGGUCACCGUCGAUACGUAACCUCACAACCACAAUCGGAGAUAAAAUUAAAUUUGUUCGCAGCCGAUCUUUCCGUGACAAUAGAAGGGAGUCGGACUUUGGAAAGAUGGAUAAAUGUCUGCCAUUU